CAGUUCACUGCAAUGUAGCCUGUGCUGUUGCCAACUGGGUGUUUUCAGUUGAAAGAAUACUGCUCAUGAUAUUAGUUUUUAGACACGUACGUUAACCCUUUUGUGGUGUUCGGGUCUGUGGGACCCAUUUUCAAUGUUUUGUUAAAGAAAAAAUACUACAAUCAGUUAUUAUUUCAAUCUGACAUUGGCCUUGGCUCAUUUGUUCUGAAUGUUGAAAAACUUGUUUUUACUGAGUGCCUCCUGUGCACUUUUUACACAUUUAUAAUAUAUACGUGGUGUUUGAAUCUGCUGGACCUGUAAGGAAUGAGAUUGUAGAAACUGAUGUAAAAACAGGUAACCAUGAUAAAAAUGUUGACUUCUGACCUUCUACUCUGCCUGUAUCCUCCUUACACUUUCUUCAUGUGUGUAUCUUUUUCUCCAAACUCUCUUUCCUUUCUUGUAUGUGAAACUACACACAUACACACUCACACACAGUUCUCAAAAUUUUUACAUUUCAUUCUUCUUUUGUCUGUGAAUCAAGACACACAAAUGCACACAUAGAAAUAUCCAAAGCUGCAAAAGUUUUAAGCACAGAGAACCAGUCUACUCUCCUAUACUCUACUCUCCCUGUAGUGUGUUAAUCUAGAAGUUUUCUCAAAGGAAUCUGCAAAAAAAUAAUUUCAUAGCAUUCUAUCAGCUGCAAAUUGGGGGAGGGACAUAAGAUAUAAAUUGCUCUGUGUCACAGUGUAUGGCAUCUCACCACAGUCAAUAUGACAAAAAUAAUCUCAGUUGAGCCAGCUUUAGAAAUCAUUUUAGCAAAUGUAGAAGGAGUUCCUCUUUUGGAAGAUGACGUACUUUCUGAACAUGAGGAGCAUGUCUCAAUAAAUUCAGUUUUUGGCAGUGAACUUGAAAACAGAAUUAGAAUCAGUUUUAUUGGCCAGUAUGCUUGUACAUAUAUGGAAUUUGACAGCAGUUUACAGUAAUACCCACAGCGCUUACAAAAAGGUAAACAUACAUGGUCGGUGGACAUGGACAAAAUUUUCAACUAUACAUAAACCUUCCCAGCACCAGCUCAUCAGCACCCUGCUAGAAAAGAAGGCUUGAUGUCUAAAAAUGGUGAAAUCGAAUCAUCUCCUCUUCCUAGGAAUGAGAGGUUUACAAGUUGGUAAAUAGGCAAAUAUUAACCACAUAUUGUGUUUGUACCGCUUGUAAAUGAGAUGACAUACAUAUUUUUGAGUAUUUCUGCAUAAGUUGAUAUGAUUGUAUUGUUUUACAUUACAAAUAAUGUAGCGGGUUGACCAGACCCCUGAACACUGGAUUAUAUUCUGAGCUGAGCCCGGGAAAAAAAACAAGUACCUUAACCAAUUAACCAAAAAACAGAAGAGAACAUGAAGAUCUUACUCUUCCUUAUGAUUCUUAUUAUUUUCUUUAUCCACCAUUCCCUUACACAAAGUGAUUCUGAACUUAUAGUAACAACUAGGUUAGGUCGUGUUCAGGGUAUACGCUUGCCCAUCCCAGAUCGAAGCCAUGUUGUUGCCUUUCUGGGUAUUCCAUUUGCAGAACCUCCUGUAGGAAAAAAGCGUUUUAAGCCAGCUGAGCCCAAAAAGCCGUGGAAUGAUGUGUUUGAAGCCACAGAUUAUCCCAAUGCUUGCUACCAGUAUGUGGACACUACAUAUCCUGGCUUUCCUGGCACUGAAAUGUGGAACCCCAACAGGAUGAUGAGUGAGGAUUGCUUAUACCUAAAUGUCUGGGUUCCUGCUUCCCCUCGGCCACACAACCUCACUGUUAUGGUAUGGAUAUAUGGUGGUGGCUUCUACAGUGGUUCUUCCUCUCUAGAUGUCUAUGAUGGUCGCUACCUGGCACAUUCUGAGAAGGUGGUGGUGGUCUCUAUGAACUAUCGUGUGGGUGCUUUUGGCUUCCUUGCCCUUAAUGGCUCCUCUGAGGCUCCUGGAAAUGUGGGACUGCUAGAUCAGAGAAUGGCACUCCAGUGGGUCCAGGAUAAUAUUCACUUUUUUGGAGGCAAUCCUAAGCAGGUGACCAUUUUUGGGGAGAGUGCAGGUGGAGCCUCAAUCGGCAUGCAUCUUCUGUCUCCAGAGAGUCGCCCCAAAUUCACUCGUGCCAUUAUGCAAAGUGGUGUGCCAAAUUGCCCUUGGGCUACAGUCAACUUUGAUGAGGCUCGAAGGAGGGCCACCAAGCUGGCCAAAUUGGUAGGCUGUCCUGAUGAUGACGACAGUGAGCUAGUUGACUGCCUUAGGAACAAGCAACCACAGGAGCUUAUUGACCAGGAGUUCCUGGUACUCCCAUAUAGCAGCCUAUUCCGUUUUUCAUUUGUGCCUGUGAUUGAUGGUGUGGUGCUCCCUGAUACCCCCGAUGCCAUGUUGAGCUCAGGCAACUUCAAGGAUACUCAAAUUCUGUUGGGUGUAAACCAGGAUGAAGGGUCUUAUUUCUUGAUUUACGGUGCACCAGGUUUCAGUAAGGACAAUGAUAGUCUGAUCUCAAGGGAGGACUUUCUACAAGGUGUUAGGAUGAGUGUUCCUCAUGCCAAUGAUAUUGGAUUGGAGGCAGUUAUCCUUCAGUACACAGACUGGAUGGAUGAAGACAACCCCUUGAAAAACCGUGAGGCAAUGGAGGACAUUGUGGGAGACCAUAAUGUAAUUUGCCCUCUGCAGCACUUUGCAAGAUCCUAUGCUCAAUACAGUUCUAACCCUGCCCAGACAGGAACAACUGGUCAAGGAAACUUUGGUUGGGCCAAUUCAGGUCCAGCAAGCAACAGCGGCCAUGCACAAGUUGCUGUGUACCUCUACCUCUUUGACCAUCGAGCCUCUAACCUGGCUUGGCCCGAGUGGAUGGGUGUGAUCCAUGGCUAUGAAAUUGAAUUUGUGUUUGGCCUGCCUUUGGAGAAGAGGCUUAACUACACUGUAGAAGAGGAGAAGCUCAGUCGACGUAUGAUGAGAUACUGGGCUAAUUUUGCUCGUACUGGCAAUCCCAAUAUCAACAUUGAUGGAUCCAUAGAGAGCCGACGGAGAUGGCCUCUCUUCACAGCAACAGAGCAGAAGCAUGUGGGCCUAAACACAGAUGCAAUGAAGGUGCACAAAGGGCUGAAAACACAGCUAUGUGCCUUGUGGAACCGGUUUCUGCCUCGCCUACUUAACAUAACUGACAACAUUGAUGAUGCCGAGCGGCAAUGGAAGGCAGAGUUCCACCGCUGGAGCUCCUACAUGAUGCAUUGGAAGAGCCAGUUCGACCACUACAGCAAGCAGGAGCGUUGUACAGACCUGUAGAUAGAUAUACAGAGAAUGUGAGACACAGAGAGAAUGCAAGAAAAUAAAAAUUAGAGAAGGGUGAUGACCACAUUACUCUAUAGUCUCAGGAGCCUUCUGAUAGAAUGUCAGUCGUUCUCUGAGCCACUGUAGAUUAUGCCCUUUAUUGAUGGGUUCCUCUGAGUAGGUAGAAGAUUUAAUUUGAGAAGGUUACAGUUAUAAACUCUGUAGAGUAUCAUUUGCCACCUGUAUAUUGUUCACUAUUGUAUCAUUUUACAUUUAAAUACUAUUACUAUUGCCAUGGACAGUUGUUUGACAGCGUUGCAUGUUAAUUGCAGGAAGAGACUAUUAAUGGUUACGGUCAUCAUUGAGGAUGUACGAGAGAAACUGUUAAAGGUGUUAUAUUACCCCUGAUAAUUGUGUCUUUGUGUGUCAGUAUAACUGAUGCUUAGAAGCCCUCAUUCACUCUUGUCCUCAGGAUCCCACAUUUCCCUUUUUUACUUAAGGGUUUGAUUUGCUUAAUCUAUAAUUGCUGCUUGACCAUGUGUGCAUUUGUCUAUAUUCCUCUUCUAUCAUGUCAGUCCUCUUUACUCUUUAAAUUUUAUGUGUGGCCUGUGGUUAGGUGCAGUUGUCUGCUGUCUCUAUGUGUGUCCAGAUCAAUUCAUUGAUAACAUAUAUAAGGGAAUCACGGGCCAUUUGAGUCCAUGCUCCAUGUGCUGGCUCUAUACUGCACUGAUGUGUUUGUUCUGGCUUCCAGAAAUGUGUGUAUUCCAUUUCUGUGUAUUAUACUGAUAUGUAAAGCGUUCUCAUCUUGUUUGAUACACCUAUUGCAUGCAUACUGGUGCUCACAGCAUGUUUCACCUCUAUUUAUGUGUGUUUGUGAGGGUGUGCAAGCUAAAAAGUGACUGUGUAAGAGUAUAUCCAAAUUGAGUGCCUCCAUGGGUCAGUAUCCAUUAUCCCUUGUCUAUAUGUAGCACACCACUUGUGAAAGUCAUGUUCACUUUCAUUACAUUUGCCCGGGCAAUUCGUGCAUGUGUGCAAGUCCUAAAGAGAGAGGUUUGUAACUACUGUGUCAUGCCUGUGUGCCAAAGAGUCAAUAACUUUUUUUUUUUUCCACUACUGGCUCCCCUCCCAGUAGGAAAGAAUUUUCAUUACGGUAAUGGAAGAAGUGUAAUUUAGUUAGUGCUCAUUUGAAACAACGGCCUGCUGUGUCAGCCAUCUUAACCCCAACUCCGCCAUCACUCAACUUAUGCAUUUGGUGGAUGAUGCAGGAAAGCAGAGUGUUUAAAUGGGAGUGCUCAGAGGAGAGACAUUUACGAGAGCCAGCUAAAGUUGAUUACUCGUUCUCAUGGUUUAGUAUGUCCUUUUUUCCUUUAAGUAUUUUUGUUGCAUGCUUGCACUAAUUAUGAAAUGUAGAAAACUACACAGAGUGUUUUCAGUUUGCUCAUGUCUGGUUUAAUUCUUAUGUACUAUAUUUAUUGUAUGCUUUUUGGACAUUAUUUUGUUAUCACUUAAUGUAUCAUUUUCCUUGCUCUUCUGAGCAUAUCUAUCUCACUGUAUUUACACAUUUUAAAAUGUGGUUGUUUGGGUGCUUUCUGCAAGUCACACCACUGAUUUACUCACACGUUAUUUCAGUAUCAUUUAUCUCCACAUAAGUUAGAACACAGUGGAAGAGCAGGCCCUCCAGCAAGUAUUAUGAUUAACUGUAAUUAUAUGUAACCUCACAAGUUGACAGGACAAGGGCAUUUUACCUUGGAAAGAUGUAAUUUUGAAAAUAAAAUAAUAAAAUGCUGUCUUAAAUUAUUUAGGUAUGAGAUAGAAAAGAUAAGUGAAAUAAAUGCUUGCGCCAGCAGUGUGGCUGGGGAACGUGCUUGUCUGUCGCUGCUCUUGCAUCUUUUGCUCAAUGACAAUUUGUCCUUAUCUCUUCUGUCCAGUGAAAAGACCUGUGCUUGUCCUAAAUCUCCUCCCUUACUGGAUUCUGUACUCACAAAUUUGACUGAUAACCUUUGUAACAAUAAGCCAGUGUUGAUGUAUAUUAUUAUAUUAUAAAUCUGUAUCUAUUAAAGGUUAUUAUUAGCCCUGA